GUGUUGAGUGAGGUUGGUAGUAAGUACGUACCCAAGUACCGGUCGGAAAUAUUGAAUAUCGGAUAUGAAUUAAAAGUAUACACCUGCUUUUUAUUUCUGAAAAAUAUUACGUAGUUAGCCACGUUUAUAUAUUUGCUACUCUGUACCAACCUCCGUUUUCUUCAGCUUAAUUAUUUAAAAGAAUGAGAGGGAUAUAGCGAUCCGGGAUGAGCUUGCUUUGAAAGCUUGAACAUCGGUGUGGAGAAACACGAGAGCCCGAGGUCGUUCGAAUUUCGAAGGCCUAACAUUACUGCUUCAACUCAAACAAAAAGUAGCCACCGUUAAGGCACAGGCACCUUUUGUCAGGAUGUCGGACAGCGCGGGUCUCCAGUUUGUCAGCCCGUACGCCUUCGAGGCCAUGCAGAAGGUGGACGUGGUGCGCUUAGCGGCGCUUAGCGACCCAGAGCUAAGACUGCUGCUGCCCUGCCUGGUCCGGAUGGCGCUCUGUGCGCCCGCAGACCAGAGCAACAGCUGGGCUCAGGACAAGAAGCUCAUCCUCCGCCUGUUGUCCGGAGUGGAGGCUGUCAACUCCAUAGUUGCACUCUUAUCGGUCGAUUUCCAUGCCCUGGAGCAGGAUGCUAGGAAAGAGCAGCAGCUGAGACACAAGGCCGGGGGCUCCAAUGGCGAGAGCGUGCUGGUGUCGCAGCUGCAGCACGGCUUGACCCUGGAGUUUGAGCACAGCGAUCCCCUCAGAAGACUGCGGCUGGCUCUUAGCGAACUGCUGGCCAUAAUGAACAAGGUCUCGGAUUCAAAUGGAGAGUUCUUCUUGAAGUCCUCCGAGCUCUUUGAAAGUCCUGUGUAUCUCGAAGAAGUAGCAGAUGUCCUUUGUAUCCUACAAGCAGAGCUUCCGUCCUUGCUGCCCAUCGUGGACGUGGCCGAAGCCCUGCUGCACGUGCGCAGUGGAGACUGGUUCCUGUGUCUGCUGGUGGCCAAUGUUCCAGACAGCUUCAAUGAAGUGUGCAGGGGCCUGAUUAAGAAUGGGGAGCGGCAGGAUGAGGAGAGCAUGGGCGGGAGGCGCAGGACAGAGGCGCUGAGGCAGCUUUGCCAAAUGAACCCCUCACAGGCACUCAACAUUCGGGCCAUGGUGGUGGAGGAGUGUCACCUGCCGGGCCUGGGCGUGGCCCUGACGCUGGACUACAAGCCGGACUCCGCCGACGACGCGGUCAGCCCGCUGGUGUCCUUCGUCAGCGGCCUGCUGCUGGGCACCAACGGCAAAGUGCGCACCUGGUUCGGCAUGUUCAUCCGCAACGGCCAGCAGAGGAAGCGGGAGAGCAGCUCGGUGCUGUGGCAGAUGCGCCGGCAGCUGCUGCUGGAGCUGGUGGCCAUCCUGCCGCGGUCCCGCAGCACCCACGUGCCCAACGACAGCGAGGGCGACAGCGACGGCGGCUCCGGCUACUCGGGCCUGCGGGAGGAGCACGUGGUGAAGGCCAGCGCCCUGCUGCGGCUGUACUGCGCCCUCAUGGGCAUCGCGGGACUCAGGCCCACGGAUGAGGAGGCGGAGCAGCUCCUACAGCUGAUGACCAGCCGCCCCCCCGCCACCCCCGCCGGCGUGCGCUUCGUGUCCCUGUCCUUCUGCAAGCUGCUGGCCUUCCCCACGCUCGUCAGCACUCCGGAGCAGGAGCAGUUGAUGGUCAUGUGGCUGAGCUGGAUGAUCAAAGAGGAGGAGUAUUUCGAGAGUGCCGCCGGCGUGGCCGCUUCCUUCGGAGAGAUGCUCCUGCUGGUUGCCAUGUAUUUCCAUAGCAACCAGCUCAGCGCCAUCAUCGAGUUGGUCUGCUCCACUUUAGGGAUGAAGAUCGCCAUCAAGCCCAGCUCCCUGAGCAAGAUGAAGACCAUUUUCACCCAGGAGAUCUUCACCGAGCAGGUGGUCACCGCCCACGCGGUCAGGGUCGCCGUCACCAACAGCCUGAGCGCCAACAUCAGCGGCUUCCUGCCCAUCCACUGCAUCUACCAGCUCCUGAGGAGCCGGGCCUUCACCAAGCACAAGGUGUCAAUCAAGGACUGGAUCUUCAGGCAGCUGUGCGAGACCACCACCCCGCUGCACACGCAGCUGCUGCCCCUCAUCGACGUCUACAUCAACUCCAUCCUCACGCCCGCCUCCAAGGCCAACCCCGAGGCCACCAACCAGCCAAUCACCGAGCAGGAAAUCCUCAACGUCUUCCAGGGCCUGACGGGGGGGGACAGCGGUCGUGGACGCCCCCAGUACAGCAUCACAACCCAGCUCCUCAUUCUCUACUACAUCCUGUCCUACGAGGAAGCGCUUCUGGUCAACACGAAAGCACUGGCCCUCAUGCAGAGGAAGCCCAGGUCCUACUCGGCCACGCUCAUGGACCAGAUCCCCAUCAAGUACCUGAUCCGACAGGCCCAGGGGCUGCAGCAGGAGCUGGGGGGCCUGCACUCCGCCCUGCUUCGCCUGCUGGCCACUAACUACCCCCACCUGUGCAUGGUGGAGGACUGGAUCAGCGAGGAGGAGAUCACCGGAACCCUGCCCCUCCUGCGCAGGAUGCUGCUCACCAGCGCCACCUGCAGGUACUCCCAGCAGCAGCUGCAGGAAGCCUUCCAGGCGGUCCCGUCCAGCGGGCCGCGGCUCAUGCGGAUCCUGGAGCAUCUGACCCUCCUUUCGGCGGGCGACCUGAUCCCCUACGCUGAGACGCUGACGUCCCACAUGGGCCUGCUGCUGGGCGCCGGCGUGUCCCGCAGGGUCCUGCAGACCGUCAACAAGCUGUGGAUGGUCCUCAACACCGUCAUGCCCCGCCGGUUGUGGGUGAUGACCGUGAACGCGCUCCAGCCCUCGGCCAAGCUGACCCGGCAGCAGCGCUACACGCAGAACGACCUGAUGAUCGACCCCCUGAUCGUGCUCCGCUGCGACAGGAGGGUCUACAGAUGCCCGCCGCUGAUGGACAUCACCCUGCACAUGCUCAACGGCUACCUGCUGGCCUCCAAGGCCUACCUGAACGCCCACCUGAAGGAGACGGCCGAGUUCGAGCGGCAGGCGCAGACCAUCUCCAGCCUGGGGCUGGCGGGGCAGCCGGACACCCCCGAGGUGACCCGCGAGGAGCUGAAGAACGCGCUGCUGGCCGCUCAGGACAGCGCGGCGGUGCAGAUCCUCCUGGAGGUGUGCCUCCCCACCGCGGAGGAGCAGCAGCAGCGGGGGGGCGGGGCCGGGAGCCUCCUGAAGAGCAUGCGCGGGGCGGCGGAGCAGCCGGAGGCGGGGCCGGCCGAGGGGGCGGAGCCGGAGGCCGGGCUGCUCAGCGACCUGCGGGAGGUGCAGUGCCUGAUCUGCUGCCUCCUGCACCAGAUGUUCAUCGCGGAUCCCAACAUCGCCAAGCUGGUCCACUUCCAGGGUUACCCCCAGGACCUGCUGCCUCUGACGGUGGCUGGAAUCCCCUCCAUCCACAUCUGCCUGGACUUCAUCCCUGAGCUUCUGGCUCAGCCCCAGCUGGAGAAGCAGAUCUUUGCCAUCCAGCUCCUGUCGCACCUGUGCAUACAGUACGCCCUGCCCAAGUCCCUCAGCGUGGCCCGCCUCGCCAUCAGCGUCAUGGGCACCCUGCUCACUGUCCUAACCCAGGCCAAGCGCUUCUCCUUCUUCAUGCCCACGCUGCCCUGCCUGGUGUCCUUCUGCCAGGCCUUCCCGCCGCUCUACGACGACGUCGCCGCCCUGCUGGUGCAGGUGGGGCAGGUGUGCGCCUCCGACGUGGCCACCAAGGCCCGGGACAUCGACCCGCUCAUCGCCCGGCUGCAGUACCUGAAGGAGAGGCCCAAGGAGGUGGCGGGGGCCUUGAAGCGGACCCUCCCCCAGCGGACCGCCGAGGAGCUGGGCUGCAGCGACCCGGACGUGCAGCUGUGCUACUGCAUCGAGGCCACCUUCAGUGACAUCAUCAGCAUCGGCCUGCGCGGGACGUAGGGUCCCGGGGGGGGGCCCGGCCUGGGACGCGGGACACCCCCGUUUCUGAGAUGCCCCUCUCUCACGCAUUCCCCAAUGGGACGAUGCCUUUCCGAGAAGUUUUUGGCGACAGACAAAAAAAAAUUUUUUUUUGUCUAACCAGACAAAGAAGCUCAUGGUCUUUUUAUGGGCCAGCGGCUCUGUUUGAAGAGACUCCAUGUCUUGACCGCAAAACUGUCUAUACCAGUAUCCAUUACUGUGUGUGGAGGCAUAAGUAGCAGACAUUUUCAGACUACGGUCAUUUGACUAAAGUGUGCUUGUGUACGGCUAAUGAAAGACAGCUGUCACUGUAGUUUUCAGCAUCCUACAUCCCUGUGCUAUCACAUUCAGGUCUGUGUAUUUCUAGAAUAUACAAUUUUUUGGUGUUUUCAUGGUUUGAUAAAGAGAUGUCAUGUAUAUAUUAAGUCUGUGUGUUUUUUUAAAUUUCAGGGUUUUUCCUGUACUUGAGGUAUUCAUUUGCAUAGACGAUGGAGACAUAAUCCAACUGUACGUAGGUAAAGCAAGCUACAGAUACUAUAGGUCUGUUUUCUGGACCACUGUACAAAUAACAUUUUCUAAGCUGAAAGUCAUGGUAUCACUGCAAGGAGUGAUACAAAAUGAUCAGGUUACCUGAAAUUUAACAUUUUGGAGUUUUUGUCUUUUUUGUAUUCAUGUUUGUGUUUUUGACAUUUUUGUAUUAAAAAAAUUCUGAAAGCCC